AUACAUUUUCUUCUAAGUACGCAGUUUACUCAACUCAAAAAUCUUGACAAAUUCGCAAGCAUCCACCAACGCUCAGCGAUAGAAAAUUAGGUUGAAGAUUUCAAAAGAAACUCACAGAAAAUAGAAUUUAUUUUGUAAUUUCAAAGGAAUAAAAAGAAUAUACAAUCAAUAAUAACACUAACUUAGCCAAAGUGAAACCAUUAAUUCUAAUCUAGAGACUCAUGCUAACAAACACAACGUGAUACAUGAUGAUGAUCAUCAUCAUGCGACACAUUGCCAAUAAUAAAAUUGCUCCCUACUCAAUUCUCUUUCCCAUUUUGAUUCCUCACUUUUGCUGUGCAAUAAGACAGGAGAACCACAUCUAACAAGGCUCCAAUCUUUCCAUCAGUCUUCAUUAUUUUGAUCAAUUUCAUGCAACAUGGAAUAUAUACACAGCAGAAAAUGUGGCAGCAACGACCUCUUCCUCUGCUCAGAACAAAUGUGGCAUUGUAAGAUUCCCUAGAAAGGCCAGUAAUACUGUUCUUUCAACAAUAAAACAGGCAUAAAUCCUCUGAGCUGUGCCAACUUAGACAUUCCCUGCCAGUACUAUUAAGUAGAAAUCAGGCAGGCAUGCACAUAUCAGCAUCGAGUAAAGAAAGUGAAAGACAAGCAACAACAGCUUACUCCACAAUGAAAAGGUAUAUAGCAUCAGAAACCGUAACUUGUUCCAUAUGUGAUUCCCGAAGGCCAGUGAUGCUGCAGUUUCAUUCAAGGAGUAAGCAAGGUAUAGAUCCUCCUAAUUUAUGCGCAAUAAUAGAUGUUCCCCAGCUACUUAAAGUAGAAACAAGGCAUGUAUAUAUCAGCACUGAGUGAAGCAAUUCUAAAGACUGGCUAAAAUGGAAAUAGAGAAGUGGGUGAUUGAAGUAAACAAUGAAGUUGAGAGCAUGCCUGAACUUUGGCCGAAUUAACAUGUAUCUACAGGCUACCCUGCACAUGUCACAAACCUAGACAACAAGGCAUACAAGCCUCAAAUUGGAUCACUUGGUCCUUAACAUCAUGGCAAGCCACACUUGAAGCCAAUGGAUGAACACAAGCACCGUGCUCUCCUUCACUUCCUCAAGAGAUCUGAAAAACCACUGCAAUUAUAUGUAGAAGCUUUGGCUCAAUUGGUGCAAGAAUUGGAAGACGCAUAUGAUCAACUGGAAUCUGGAUCCUGUGUGGCAAGACAACACCAAUGCAUUCUUGAAGAUGAUGGUUCUUGAUAGGUGUUUCAUUCUUGAAAUACUGAGGAUGGAUACAUCUGGCUACGCUCCCAAUGAUCCCUUAUUCAAUAAGCACGGACACCUCUCCAUGCUGCCAUUUCUAAGACAGGAAAUGUUGUUGCUUGAGAAUCAGGUCCCCUUGCUGGUUCUCUUGAAGUUACUUGCUGUUGAAAAUAAAAUAUCUCGGAUUGAGGUCAGUUGCCCUCUCUCUCUGGCCUGGUUCCCUGGAAAUACAUAUGCUCAUUCUCAGGUUCUAUUCUCCUGGUACACCUCUAAGAUCACUGGGCAAUCGCUUGCACUUAUUAGAUGUGUAUCGAAAGAGCCUUCUCUACAGAGACCCAGAAGAUCCCUCGAGAGAAGCAGAUUCAAACCAAGUCACGGAGAUGCAUACUGCUUAAUUCCUUCAGCAAGAAAACUUCAAGAUGCUGGAAUCAGAUUUAAGAAGCGUAAGUUUGCUAACCUGAGGGACAUCUCAUCCCAUGCAAGACACUUGGGCUUCCUGAGUACAUCGUGGACCUGA